CAUUGAGCUCCCCCAAGCACUUCUUUCUCUCUGGGUGCUUUGUCCUAACCACAUCUGCUUCUUCAUUGCUGCAAAUCAUGUAUUCUCAGAAAUGGGAAGCCAUGGCAAUGGCAGCAAUAGUGCUUCACUUAAAUUUCUUCAUGGAGGUUAAGUCCUCCUCACUUUCUCAGUGUGAUAAGAUUACUGAGUUGCCUGGGCAACCCCAUGUGGGAUUUCAACAGUUCUCAGGUUAUGUCACUGUGGGUGCUAAGAAUGAAAGAGCUCUUUUCUACUACUUUGUUGAAGCAGAAGAGGACUCAGCUUCAAAGCCCCUGGUCCUCUGGCUGAAUGGAGGACCUGGUUGUUCAUCGGUGGGAGUCGGCGCAUUCUCAGAGAAUGGACCUUUCAGGCCAAAGGGGGAGGUUCUUAUCACAAAUGAGUAUAGCUGGAACAGAGAGGCGAAUAUGUUGUAUUUAGAGACACCAAUAGGUGUGGGAUUUUCUUAUUCAACUAAAAUUUCUUCAUAUGAAGCAGUGAAUGAUAAGGUGACAGCCAGGGACAAUCUAGCUUUCUUGCAACAAUGGCUCCUCAAGUUCCCCCAGUACAGGCACAGGGAUCUGUUUAUUACAGGAGAAAGUUAUGCUGGCCAUUAUGUUCCUCAACUUGCAAAGCUCAUGAUUCAACUCAACAAGAAGGAGAAGCUGUUUAACUUGAAAGGAAUUGCUCUAGGUAAUCCAGUUCUAGAAUUUGCAACUGAUUUCAACUCGAGGGCAGAGUUCUUCUGGUCCCAUGGGUUAAUAUCGGAUUCUACAUAUAAAAUGUUCACUUCUGCAUGUAACUACUCUCAGUAUGUUGGCGAAUACUACAGAGGCUCAGUAUCAUCUGUUUGUUCAAGAGUGAUGAACCAAGUGAGUAGAGAAACUAGCAGAUUUGUGGACAACUAUGAUGUUACUUUGGAUGUAUGUAUUUCGUCAGUGGACUCACAAUCCUUAGUCCUUAGCCCUAAGAAAGUUACUGAGAAAAUAGAUGUAUGUGUGGAGGAUGAAACCGUGAAUUAUCUAAACCGGAAAGAUGUGCAGAAGGCUCUUCAUGCCCGUCUUGUCAGAGUCCAUAGAUGGGUUGUCUGCAGCAAUAUUCUUGACUAUGAGCUACUUAACAUGGAGAUACCAACUAUCUCUAUCUUGGGAUCACUUACCAGGGCUGGAAUUCCUGUCUUAGUUUAUAGUGGAGAUCAAGAUUCUGUUAUUCCAUUGACAGGGAGCCGAACCUUGAUCCAUAGAUUGGCAAGGAAGUUGGGACUAAACACAACUGUGCCUUAUAGAGUUUGGUUUGCAGGGAAGCAGGUUGGUGGUUGGACUCAAGUUUACGGUAAUACACUGUCUUUUGCCACCAUCAGAGGUGCUUCUCAUGAAGCUCCAUUCUCACAACCAGAGAGAUCACUUGUGCUUUUCAAGUCAUUUCUGGAAGGCAAGCCUCUACCUGAAGAAUUCCGGUAGACUAGUUGUGUCUGUUGUUGUAGUUCAUUAAGGCUAUCUUUCAUUCUUCUGGAAGGGAAAAUGAAAAGAAGAAAGUUUUGAGUGCAUUUGUUUUCUUAGAUAUGCCAGAGUUUUGGGAUCACUUGUGCUUUUCAAGUCAUUUCUGGAAGGCAAGCCUCUACCCAAAGAAUUCCGGCAGACCAAUUGGCUCUGUUGUUGUAGUCCAUUAAGGCUAUCUUUGAUUCUUCUAGAAAGGAAAGUGAAAAGAAGAAAGUUUUGAGUGCAUUUGUUUUCUUAGAUAUGCCAGUGUUUUGGCAUACUGAGGUGAGAAAUAUGGGGAAAGGUUAGCAAUGUUCAUGGCUUGGGAUGUAAGAAAAUGCUGCAUAGAAGAAGUCUGUGAUGAACAUUU